UGGUGUCUUUGCAAAAAUGAACUGCGCCAAAGCGGUUAGACUUGCCUUAUAUUUGGUUCUAUCGACAUGUAGCCAAAUCCAAUCCGGAUUUACUACGACAAAAGUGGGACCGCAGCCUCUCUGGAACGCCACAUAUACUGAUAAACUUCGGCACGAUCUCCUGUUAAACUACGACAAAUUCGCCAGACCUGCGCAACAUUACAACAAAACCACCGUUCAAUUGGGCAUCGACAUAAGGCACCUUGAAUUUAACGAAUUUAAGUCCACGUUGAUGGUAUUCGCUUGGCUACGUUUGAUUUGGGACGACGAAAAAUUGCAAUGGAACGCUUCAGACUACGGAGACAUUAAUGCGCUGCACAUUGCAGAACACGAAAUUUGGCAACCGGAUAUUUAUUUAUACAACAGUGCAGUGAGCAGUCCGCUCAGCCAAUACGUAAACACGCACAUUUUGGUGUAUCCGGGAGGACAAGUCCUGUGGGUUCCCCCGGUACAGCUCACCGUGCUGUGUACAGUACACUUGAGAUAUUGGCCCUUCGAUAAACAAGAAUGCGAGUUGGUCUUUGGAUCGUGGACUUAUCACGGCGAUCAAAUCGAUCUUGCGCAUUACAACAACCAGACGACUGUUAACCUAGAUUUGGUAGUAACCAACGCAGAAUGGGACAUAACUCGAGCAGUGCAAAUAAGAAGCGAAAAGAAGUAUCCGUGUUGCGAGGAGCCUUAUCCGGACAUAACCGUGAAAUUGUCGUUAAGUAGAAACCCCAACGCGUACAAAGCAAUAAUAAUUACGCCCGCAUUCGUUAUCAUAGUAUUGACAUUGUUAACAUUCUGGUUGCCCCCACAAGCCGGCGAGAAAAUAUUAAUUAACGGAUGCACGACUGUAAUAAUAUGCCUGUUUAUGCUGUAUUUUUCGCAAAAACUUCCAUUGAUGGGAAAAGAAAUUCCUCUCGUCGUAUUGUUUUACGCCAGUUGUUUGUACAUAGUAAGUAUUUCGAUGAUAGGAUCGGUUGUUGUAAUCACGAUGUCCCGAUCGAAACAAUCAAGCAAUUUACCGUGGAUCAUCAAACAACCUUUAACGGGAAAAUUCGGAAAGCUACUAGGUCUCGACUCGUACAUACAUCAGAGUGCAAAUUCGAAUCAUCGAAUGGCAGUUGAAGAAAUGCGGGACCAUCAAGUCACGGACUUCGACGAUGGAAAUGGCAGUGAAGACCACCAAAUUUUCAAAUCGCAAAUGUCCGUCAACAAGUCUUACCAGCAGAAAGAUUGGAUUCUCUUGGCUGUAGCCAUUGAUCGAUUAUCGUUUUGUUUUUACUGUGUACUGUUUGCUAUUUUAUCAUUAGCGUAUUCUCUGUAAAUUACACACAAAGUUUGAAUGUUUUCUUUUAAUUUAAAUUUUACAUAGUGCUAACCACGACUGUCUACAGUUAAUUAAAAUAGCGUGUUGCUAAAAAUGUGUGCAAUAAAAAAAUACAUAAAUGUUAAGAUUAAAUACAAACCGUUUUAACGACAGUACGUUGGGACCUCAACAUCCACUCUUCUUUUCUUACGAGCAUGCAUUUUAUCGAAAAAUUCCCUUAUAUCUUCCUCUCUUACGACUCUCUUAUUCUCUGCGAACGUUUUCAAGUAAUCGCCUAAUUUCUCCUUCAAAUCGUUGUAACCGGCAAUGCAAUCCACCAGUUGCACGCGGUUCAUCGAGUUCAUCAUCUCUUUGUCUUGAUUUUCGAUAAUUUCUUGCGCCUUAACUUUACCCUUCUCCUCAUACAAGUGCACAGGAUCCUCGGAAUCCAGAAGAAAUGCUACAUCUUCGUUUUCGUACAUCCUUAGGCAAUCAUCACAAGCGCACAGUUCUUUACGCCAGUUCACCUAAAGCAAUUUUAAUUAUCAUUUAA